AGAAACCUUUACUUGUAUCGAAAAGAAGGCCCAAAACCAUUAUGCCCUGCUGCGAGCUUCUUUUUCUUUACUUUUCUUUUCUUUUCCAAACAAACCCUACUUAUCUUCAAGGCGAAUGAUUUGUAGUCGAGAAACGAGAAAUCAUUUACUUGUGUAGAGAGAAAAAGAGAAAUGGCAAGCCAAGCUGCAGCUAGCGCUUUUAAUGGCAACAUGAAGAAAGCACUUGCUGGCCUCAAACGUAUUAAUCUGGAAGGUCUGCGAUGGAGAGUAUUUGAUGCCAAAGGCCAGGUUCUUGGAAGAUUAGCAUCUCAAAUAUCAACAGUUAUUCAAGGCAAGGAUAAGCCAACUUACGCCCCUUAUCGUGAUGAUGGUGAUAUUUGUGUUGUGCUUAAUGCAAAGGAUGUCUGUGUAACCGGGAGAAAAAUGACUGAUAAGUUUUACCGCUGGCAUACUGGGUAUAUAGGACACCUCAAGGAAAGGAGUUUAAAAGAUCAGAUGGCCAAGGACCCUACAGAAGUGAUCCGAAAAGCUGUUUUGCGUAUGCUUCCAAGAAACAAAUUGCGUGAUGAUAGAGAUCGGAAACUAAGGAUUUUUCCUGACAGUGAGCACCCCUUUGGUGAUCGGCCUCUUGAACCAUAUGUGAUGCCUCCCCGAAAAGUGCGAGAAAUACGACCUCGUGCUAGAAGAGCCAUGAUUCGAGCUCAGAAAAAGGCUGAGCAACAGGAACAGGGUGGUAAUGAGAAGAGAAAAGGCAAGAAGAGAGAAGUUGAAGCAGAAUUGACCGAGUGAAAAGUGGGCACAGCUUAUUUCCACAUCUGGCAUUCAAUGCAUCCUUAUUUUGGAUGUCACAGCCAUAAUGUGGUCAUAGAUCACCAACUGCUUGCAAUGGCAGCAUUUCUUGCCUGGUUCUUGUCAUUCCUUUUAGGUUUACAAACUUUGUGAACGUGUUUUAGUUGAGCUGUUGAAAGUUAUAUCAAUGGGAAAUGAAGCUAUGGACCUUUUCUUCUUUCGGAAGAGAACAGAUUUUCAGAGCA